AUAUCUGCAAUUCCAGCGGAUUGCCACCUUGUGAAUUCAAGCCAGGUCUAUUGGUAAUUCAGUAUAGAGCGAGAUGCCGCCAUGCGCAACAAUGACUGGUCAGCCAAGUUCAGCUUGUUGUUUUGGGGAGGGACCGCCUCGUUGAAUGCAAUAAACCUACAUGACGUAGCAGCCGUCGCACAUCUAUGCCAUCGUGAACAUAUCGUGUUCGUCAGUACCAGAUAUAUUGGGUUCGUGAGGGCCGGAAUUACCCUUGCCGAAAUUGCCCCGCUGAAGACGAACAAGAAAAGGAGCACAUCGAGUUGGCAUAAGGUCGUUGUGUAUGACCGACGAAGAGAGGAAGACCCGAGAGUGCGAAUUGAUAUGACUACGGACCGUGGUAUACCAGGCAAAUCCCUGAUAACGAUAACCGCCAGCGCAUCGCCAAUACAUUCCUCAUUCAAUUCUCCUGUAUCCAUGUUCGAUUCGGUGCCGGAAAAUACGAGCAUUUGAACGGCCCCGAAGUUUCCAAGGUAUUGGCGCUGCCACCGCCACUU